AUGGACGCCGCAGCUCUCUCCGAGAGCCUCAAUGGCCCUCAAGCAUAUGUCUUGCUUGCUACCGCAGCCAUCACGACCCUCUUCUUCUUUACCUGGUACACGUUCGACUCCGAAGCCGCUGUAGACUACUCGGUCGAACCACCGGAGCAAUGUUCGCCUGGCUGGAAGGGGAGGGUUCUUGACGAACCUUCUCUCAAGGCCGCCGGCUCCAACAACAUCCAGUGCUACGCUCCCGCGACUGGCCAGUUCCUCGACCAGAUCACGCCAGCCUCCGAGAAGGACAUUGACAACGCGGUUGCACGAGCAAAGGAGGCGCAGAAGCAAUGGAAGAAUACCACCUUCUCCGAACGAAGGCAGGUUCUGAAGACCCUGCUCAAGUUCGUCCUUGAGAACCAGCAAACCAUUUCCACAGCGGCAUGCUUGGACAGCGGCAAGACUCGGGUUGACUCGAGCUUCGGUGAGAUUCUGGUCACGGCCGAGAAGCUCAAGUGGACUAUCGACCACGGCGAGAAGGCCCUGACGCCUGAGAGAAGGCCGACCAAUUUCUUGAUGAUGUAUAAGAAGAACGAAGUGAGGUGGGAGCCGCUAGGCGUCGUAGCGGCAUGUGUGAGCUGGAACUAUCCCUUCCACAACCUUGUCGGUCCCAUAAUAUCAGCCCUCUUCUCCGGAAAUGCCGUCAUCGUCAAAGUCUCCGAGCAAACCGCAUGGUCAUCCCAGUACUUCACCCGCGUAGUCCAUGGUGCACUCUCGGCCUGCGGCUACGAGUCUUAUGCUUCCUCUCUCGUCCAAACCGUUGUCACCUGGCCUGAAGUUGCUGGCCAUUUCACCUCACACCCUGGUAUUUCGCAUCUGACCUUCAUCGGCUCCCGGCCCGUGGCGCACAAGGUCUGCGAAUCGGCGGCCAAAUCGCUCAUUCCCGUCUGUGUUGAGCUCGGCGGCAAGGAUGCAGCCAUCAUCCUGGACGACGUACGCAACCUCGAAAAGGUCGGCCACAUCCUCCUCCGCGGCGUCUUCCAAGCAGCAGGCCAGAACUGCAUCGGCAUCGAGCGCGUCGUCGCGCUGCCCAAAGCCUACGACCGCCUCCUCGAUUUCCUGACACCCCGCAUCCGCGCUCUGCGCUCCGGCUCCGUCCUCUCGCUCGAAAACUCAAACUCGGCCGACAGCAUCGACGUCGGCGCCAGCAUCUCGGCGGCCAGCUUCGCGAACCUCGAAGCCAUGAUCCAAGAAGCCGUCGCCCAGGGCGCGCGGCUGCUGGCCGGCGGCAGCCGGUACGCGCACCCAGACCACCCCAAGGGCCACUACUUUUCGCCGACGCUCCUGGCGGACGUGACGCCGGCGAUGCGCAUCGCGCAGACGGAGUGCUUCGCGCCCGUCUUCCUGCUCAUGCGCGCCGCAUCCGUCGCCGACGCCGUGUCCAUCGCAAACAGCACCGAGUACGGCCUCGGCGCCUCCGUCUUCGGCACCCGCCGCGCCGACCUCGAAUUCGUCGUCGACAACGUCGCGUCCGGCAUGGUCUCCGUCAACGACUUCGCCGUCUACUACGCCGUCCAGCUGCCCUUUGGCGGCGUCAAGGGCUCCGGCUACGGCCGCUUCGCCGGCGAAGAGGGCCUGCGCGGCUUGUGCAACACGAAGGCCGUCUGCCGCGACCGUUUUCCGGGAAUCAUCGAGACGGGCAUUCCGCCGGAGUUGCGGGUGCCUGUGGGUGAUAUGCGGCGCGCGUGGCAGGUUGCGUGCGGUGUUGUGGAGUUGGGGUAUGGUGAGAGUUUGGGAAGGAAGGUGAAGGGGUUGAGGAGGGUGGUUGGGAUUUAG